AUGCGAACUCGAAACUUCGAGGGCAUCCUGCAUGACCAGAACCGGUUCUCGUACUUCCUGGAUUACUUGAGCGUGCAUGCCCAGGCGCACAAGCUGCUGUUCUGGUUCGAGAUUGAGCAGUUCAAGCUUCUUGCGGGAGACGACCGGGGGUCCCACCCAGAAAACCUCUUCCGGAAAUACUUCCGGGAACGCCCCAGGGGAAGCCCGGGGGGUCUUGAACUGCCCCCCUACCCGGGGGAACACACCGAAGUGCUGUACCCCAAAGGCAAGGGGAAGCCCCCCGGGGACAUGUUUGAACUCCCCCAAACCUUCCUCUACCAAGGGAAGAGCCUGGAGAAGCGCGGGGUGCCAGGGAGCACGAAACAGCUGUCCAACCUCGAGGAGGAGGGCAUGAAGUUCCGGGACGCCUACCUUGAGGGGACAGAGGUGGUGCGAUCCCCGCUCGACAAGACCGUCAAGGCCUUGCUCGUCAAAAGGAUUUUCGGUCUGAUCGGUUGCAAGCCCACCGGUCUCGGCGCUCUAGGGGUCGGCAGCAUGAGCGGGGGGCCCGGGGGAGGCGGCAAGAGCGGAGCUAUCUACACCGAGUCCCUCAGGACCGCCGUGUCGGGGCUCAACGACGCCCUGCUGUCUGCGGAGGAUCAGGUGUAUCGCCCUCUGGAGGAGGCGGUGGUACCGGCUUUGGUGAAGAGCUCCACCUUCGGGAACUUCGUGGACGACCUCAGCUCCCUGGAGGUCGAUACCGAGGAAGCGACUGACGGCGAAGACAACGACGACGACACGGGACCCCCCGCCCCCGCCCCCUCUGGGGCCAAGGGAGGGACCAUUUUGGGCCAAGCCCCCCGGGGUCUCCACGGCGUCGCCGCCAUCGCCGCCACCCCGGCCCCCGGGUCCCCAGAUUCAGCCACCAAACGAGCAGCAGCAACGGCAACAGCGGCGUUACCAAUGAAAGGGAGAGGGCAGGGGCGGAGGGGCUCCGUGCGAUCACCGCCUCGGCCGUCGGGACCCCCCCGCGCUUACGGGUCUCCGACGGACGGGGCGGGGAGAAUGGCGUCGCCUGCGCGGUCGUCGCCGCAGGGAGUUCCCCCCGGGGCGGGAGAGGGCGGCGGCGGUGGAGCCGGCGGCCGCUUGUUGAGGAGGUUUCGAACGAAGGUGAGGCAGAUGCGGCACGUGAUCGCCGCGAGGGUGCUGCAAGACAUGCCUCCUCGAAAAACGGGGGGAGGAGACCCUAGCGUCCCCAGGUCGGAUUCGGCCUGGGGGUGGGACGGAGAAGAGGGGGAGGGAGGGGAAGAUGAGUUGGAAGAUGUUGAGCUGCUGGCGGGCAUGGCUUCGAGCGAUACCAACUACGCCGAGGUACGGUCCCGAUUGAACGGGCAGAUCUUGGAGCUGAUGGCGGCGAACGUUACCGAAGCCCUUCCUCGGUACUGCCUGCCGUCCGCCAUCGCACGUGUCGAGGCGAAGAAGCCGGGCGAGAAGAAGCGUACCUUGCCGAAGGUCGACCUGUCCUUCCCCAUCACCUUCUCGUCGUCGUCGUCGCUAUCCUCCUCCUCGUCAGAGUCUUCCCUCGCCUCCUCUGCCAACGAGCCACCGCCGCCGCUGCGGCACCACGGCGAGCGAGGGGAUGGCGAAGCCGCCGAGGCGAUGCUGCCGAGGGUCCACCACUUCGUCAUGACAGUCCCGCGGAAACGGUCGUCUCCGUCCGUGUCCCCCCGCGUGGGGUCCCCGUCGAGGAUGUCGACGGGAAGGGGGGGGGGGGGAGAGGGAAGCCGGGGGGGGAGGCGAGAGGGCGCCGGCAGCACUGGCGGCGUCGGCGGCGGCGGUGACGGCGGUCGGAAAGGCGUGAAUCGGCAGGAGUCGGACCGGCGGUGGGCCAUCGCGAAGGCGACGCAAGGAACUUUCCCCGCGGCGAUAGACCGCGACAGCAACAUCGUCCUCCACGGCGCCUGCCUGACGGUCUGGCGCAAGGCGGACAGCGACGAAGGCGACGAAGGCGACCUUUGGGGCCGCGACAGUGACGACGAUGACGAGGAGGACGGAGCCAGGGCGAAGACAACCGCGUACGUUCCUAGGUGCGUCUGCGCGCUGUCGUUCGACCCUCUCUUCGACACGCUCCGCGCGGUAGCCCUCGCCCGCGGGGGUCACCCGGAGACCGCCAGAGCGCUCAUGGUCGGGCGGGGAGGCGGUGGCGUAGAGCUGUCAGCGGCAGCUCAGCGGGAUCACCAUCUUGGCAGUAGCAGCAGCGGCGGUGGCAAGAGCCUGGCCACAGCGGCCGGAGGAGCCGCCGCCGCCGUCGCCGCCGGCGGCGGGGAGAAGGCGGGGCUGCGGCUGGAGUGGGGGCUCGGGGACGCCGCCACGCUCAAGGCCGGGCGGCCGCCGUUGCCGAUCCUCCCGCCGCCGCCGCCGACCCCGGGCCCGACGCUGCCGUCGGUUUUCGCGCCGUCGCUAUCUCGAGACGCAGGGGGCGACGCGGCUAGGACGUUGAGGAAGCCCCCCCCCCUCGUGCAGUCGAACUCGGCGCCGGACUCGAUGGGGGGCUGGUCUUCCACGGGGGAAGGAGGGUAUUCGACCGAGGAGGAAGGGCCGUGGCGGGGGGGCGGCGGCGGCGGAGGCGGCGGCGGGGCUAUUGGGGGCAGGAGCGGGGACCGCAUCGCCGGGGGCUUGUCGGCCUUCGGGCUGCCGCCGCUGGUGCCUCUGGAUCAUCCGGUUGAGCCGUUGUUCCAGGCGCUGAGCUCCGACAACGUGUUGCUGGCGUUGUCCGCCCUGAUGUGCGAGCGACCGGUGCUGGUGACCUGCAGCGUCCGGAGCCUGCUGUCGCUGGCGGUGUCGUCCCUGAAAGCGCUGCUGCACCCGUUGGACUGGCACCACGCGUACGCCCCGCUAUUGCCGGCCGCCGAGGUCGCUCUGGACAAGAAGACGGCGUUAAACCACGGGGGGUCCGGGAGCCCUCCCCGAUUAACGCCCGGGAGCUGGGGGCCCAGCGGACGGGGCGGACGCGGAAGCCCGGGGGGCGGGGGCGGCCCUCCCCCCCCCCCCACCCCCCGCGUUCGAGCGACCCCGUUUCUGGUGGGGCUUGACGGGGAGCUCGUGCGCAUGGCGAUGCGAAAAGGCGGUGGUAGCGGGAAGGGGGUGAAGGCGGGGCCGGCGGGGCCGGGGGAGGUGUGGGGGGUCGCCUCUUCGGAGGCGUGCAUGGUGCCGGAGGGAGCAGAGGAGGAGGCGGGAGCAUCGGGCAUAGCCACCACACAGCCUAGCCCAGCGUUACUCGAGGUCGUCAGGUGCAUGGUGAAACAGUCUGUGCACGUGGACUUGGACCACGAUGAUAUCACGUGGCCCCCGCCGCAGGCGCCGGACACCCCCCCGGCCGAAGAAGGGGAGGGAGGGGGCACCGCCAAGACGGACUCGCUUGGCUCCGGGAAGGAGAAGAAAAAGGGGGGCGAGGAGGCGGCGGGGGCGGAGGCGGCCGGAGAGGAAGGGGGGGGGGUGGGGGCUCCGCCGGUUUGGCCCGAGGAGGCGGCACGGCGGGCUAGGCGCGUGGUAAAGUCGACGCUGUUUCCUGACUUUGAGACCUUCGACGUGGUGGACGACUUGGACGACGACGACGACUCGGCGCUGUUUAAGUGCAGCGGUCUUAGCGGCGGGGGUGUCGAGGCCUCUCUCCGGGACAAGGUCGAGGCUUGUCGAACGUCUGCUGCCGCCGCUUCGGCUCCGAGGAGGGGGGUCUCAGGCGGUGCCGGCACUCUGACCGAGUCUAUCGUCGGCAUGUACAUACCCACGACGGCGGAUCUAGCCCUCAGGGCGGCUGUGGCGGGGCUGGUGGCUUCCGUCCUCGGACGAGUCAAAGAGUUCACCACGCUCUUCGCACAGGCCGGUCUGAUGCGGUUCGACACGGCAGGCUUCGUGAAAGCCGUCGCGAUAUGUGGCGGUGGCAGCAAGACCGACGCCGGCGGCAACGCCGGCGGCGGCAGUUCCGCGCUUGUCGGCAGCGGUGGCGGGGGGGGGGGAGCAUCGGCGGCGACCGGGUCGGCUCCUUCGGGGGUUUCGGAAGGGUCGGGGGCGUCCGCCGGGGGCCACGCGGCGGGGUCGAACACGGCGGACGAUGAGGCCGCUCCAGUAGUGGUCGGGGCUGCCGCCGUGGAUGACGGUAGCGUUGCCGAGGGUGCUGGUGGUGAGGGGGGUCUGUGUGGAGUUCCAGGCACGGAGUUGUGCAUGGAACUGGUGCGCACGCGCGCGUUUGCGGCGCUGCUGUCGGAUGAGGUCUUCGCGGAUGUCGACCUGGAGACCGUCCAGGGAGAGCUUCGACUGCACUCGAGGCAGAUCAGGAAAUCGGCCCCGUCCUAG